UUAACAGACCAUUCCAGUGCCCCCCAAAGGAACUGCUGAGCACCCAAAAAGGUUUUUCCAUUUCUUAGGAAUCUAACAACCAUCAACUGGAAAAUACUGGUGAACAACUGAUUUUACUAAACAAAGGCUUUAUUAAGCAACUUUCAGUGCAGACUUUGCAGUGCUUGGAGGCAAGUUCAGAAGUUCCUAGGGUCUGUUAAGUAUGGUUUAAAUUAUACACUUUAGAUAUACGGUAUUACAUUGAACUUCAACAAGGACAAACCAAUCCUUACUGGAAAUCCUAGAAAACUGUUUGAAGAAGAACAGAUUCCCUUCACAUCUAAGGGUGCUAAGAUAUCCCCAUGAUCAAAGGCAGACUACCAGUUGGACAGAUGUCUUCAGUGGUUGCUCCAGCCAGGCAGUCAAACGACAUGGGUCCCAAAGAGGUGGAGCUGAUUCUGGUGAAGGAGCAGAAUGGGGUCCAGUUUACCAAUUCCACCCUGAUCAACCCAACUCAGACUACCACUGGCACAGAGGAGAGAGAGACCUGGGCAAAGAAGAUUGAUUUCCUCCUCUCUGUGAUCGGAUUCGCAGUGGACCUGGCAAAUGUCUGGAGGUUCCCGUAUCUGUGCUACAAAAAUGGAGGAGGAGCAUUUCUUGUCCCCUACCUGUUCUUCAUGGUUAUUGCUGGAAUGCCCCUCUUCUACAUGGAGCUGGCAUUGGGGCAGUACAACCGUGAAGGAGCUGCUGGUGUCUGGAAGAUAUGCCCCCUGUUCAAAGGUGUUGGGUUUACCGUGAUCUUGAUCUCCUUGUACGUGGGCUUCUACUACAAUGUGAUCAUAGCCUGGGCCCUCUACUAUUUGUUCUCUUCCUUCACUGGGAACCUCCCAUGGGUGAACUGCAACAACACCUGGAACAGUUUGAACUGUUCAGACAUCUGGACUUUCAACAGGACGUCCCACAAUGUGACACACAGGUCAACCCCAGCAACAGAGUACUUUGAGAGAGGCGUGCUGCACCUUCAUGAGAGUGAAGGGAUCAAUGACUUGGGCUUGCCCAGGUGGCAGCUGACAUCCUGUUUGACUGUGGUGAUUGUGGUCCUCUACUUCAGCCUGUGGAAAGGAGUGAGGACUUCAGGGAAGGUUGUCUGGAUCACUGCUACCAUGCCAUAUGUGGUCCUGACUGGGCUACUACUACGUGGAGUUACCCUCCCCGGAGCCAUUGAUGGCAUAAAGGCUUACUUGAGUGUCGAUUUCCACCGGCUUUGGGAGACUUCGGUCUGGAUAGACGCUGCCACUCAGAUCUGCUUCUCUCUAGGAGUUGGGUUUGGUGUGCUAAUAGCGUUCUCAAGCUAUAACAAAUUCAGCAACAACUGUUAUAGAGAUGCAAUCAUUACCAGCUCAGUUAACUCCUUAACAAGCUUUUUCUCUGGAUUUGUCGUCUUCUCAUUCCUGGGCUACAUGGCACAAAAGCACAACGUGGCUCUUGAGGAUGUGGCCACUGAUGGACCUGGACUUGUGUUUAUCAUAUACCCUGAAGCUAUUGCUACUUUGCCAUGGUCCUCUGUCUGGUCAGUGAUCUUCUUCAUAAUGUUGCUGACCCUAGGUAUUGACAGUGCUAUGGGUGGGAUGGAGUCAGUUAUCACUGGUCUGAUUGAUGAGUUCAAGUUCCUGCGCAAACACCGGAAGCUCUUUACCCUCUUCAUAGUUUUGUCAACAUUCUUGAUAUCUCUUUUCUGCGUCACAAAUGGUGGUAUUUAUGUUUUUACUCUGCUAGACCAUUUCGCUGCAGGAACAUCAAUUCUUUUUGGAGUGCUUAUUGAGGCUAUUGGCAUUGCUUGGUUCUAUGGAGUUGGGCGGUUUAGUGAUGACAUAGAGGAAAUGAUAGGCCAUAGGCCUGGCCUGUACUGGAGGUUGUGCUGGAAGUAUGUGAGUCCUCUCUUCCUCUUGUGCAUGGUGAUCAUCAGCUUUGGAACAUUUAAGCCUCCCUAUUAUGGAACCUAUGUUUUUCCAGUCUGGGCCAACAUAAUAGGUUGGUGUGUUGCCAUAUCUUCAAUGGCAAUGGUACCCAUAUACGCCAUCUACAAAUUAUGUGUGCUGCCAGGAACUUUCCGAGAUAAACUAGCCUACGCAAUUACACCUGAGAGAGAGCAUCAUCUAGUGGAAAAUGGGGAAGUUCGUCAGUCUAAGCUUCACCACUGGCUGAUGAUAUAAGAUGUCUGAAACUCAAAAGUCACGCUUUUAAAAUACGGGAACCCACAACCCAAGGAACUCACUACACAUUGGAGUUUGAGUAUCGAUGUGCCAAUGGAACAGUAAAAAACGCUCAUACGUUAUCUGUAAUUGAAAAUGUGACUGUCAAGUAGACAAUUUACGUGACAUUAAUCUCUAUGCUGUUGAUUUAUACCAAAAUCAAUCUAAUUCUAAAGCUGUAAGACUGUUGGGUAUUUUGGCAAACCAAUA